AUGAAGAUAGAAUUAUCUCUGUUAUCUCAAUAGAUAAAAAUUACCAUGGUCCCGGAGAUGGUGAUGAAAAAUCCGAUUUCAUAGUAUAUCCUUCUUAUCCGACGUUCGUUUUCUCAGCUGAGACGGUCUAUAGACGGUCAGAAUUUUUAUUGAAUUUACAAAGUAAUUUAGUCAAGAUAAAUUAUUGGAAUCCCGAGUUGUCAUCUUUUCUUGUGAUCGGAAACAAGUGCAGCGAUGCACUGCAAAAAUUGACAACUAUGUUGAAAUGCGACGCGUUAAAAUCAUACUAUAUAUGCCUCAAUGACAUCGACAACAGUACGAGUAUCUACACUCUGAAUCCUUACGCUGACCGGGCACCGAAACCAUGGCAGAAAGUUGAAGGACCGAAAGAACCGUAUUCUGGAUCAACGCUUUUUAAGAUGUCGAUCAUUAACGACACAAACAUUUGCUCAAGUAUGACGUUUGACAAAACAAAAUUUCUUGACGGGCACAAACUUUGGGUACGCAAUUUUUUAUACAAGCGAAAAGGUAAUUUACUUAAAAAAUCAUUAACUUUUUACGAGAACUUAUUCUCGGAGAUGAACGUCACACUAGUUAAUUCUACAUUCCACAGAAACGUUGAUCAAGUGGCUAUUUUGAAUGCUAUAGAACUAUUUUCAGACAUGGUGGUAGAUUAUAACAUUAUUCCAUAUUUUGCUCAAGAAGGCUACAUCAUAAUAACACAGAAACAAAGUUUCAUACCCACCUUCGAUCAGGUUAUUGACAGUUUCUUUACUCGAGAAAGAAUAGCUAUGUCGUGCGUUAUUUUGACAUUUUUUUUUCUAAUGAUGCUUCUGAACCACAAAUACGAUUUUAAUGCGGCAGUGUUAGAUCUUUUGUCAUUUCUUCUCGACAUGGGAAUAUCGUCUCCAAUGCUUAGAGUAUCGAUGCGCAUAACGUUCAUGACCGCAUCUUUAUUUGCAUUGAUGUUCAAUCCGGUGUUCCAGGGACAACUCACUUCUUUCUUGUCUAGACCGGGACAUGGAAAUGUCGAGACGCUUCAAGACUUACGUGAUAACAAUUAUCACGUUUAUUUCACAACUAAAGCAGUCGACGACGAAUUAUAUUAUAGUAACAUAUGGGAUAAAAAUUCUUCUGAAAAGUAUUUGCAUUAUUCGAGGUUUUUAGACCGGAAUAUCUGCGCUGACAACGUGAAUAGAAACUCUUCCAUAGCAUGUGUAUUCGAUGCUACGGAAUUUGAACACAUUGAUCCAAAUACACACAUUUCUAAACCUUUUUCUUAUAAAUACCGUGUGUCUGUGACUGAAAAAGGUCAUCCACUAAAUAGAAAAAUAAAUAAAAUAGCGUUGAAGUUGUUUGAAACCGGUCAUUUAAGUCAUGGUGAGAGACGCGAUCUUCACAGGAUUUUGUUGGCACGUAAAAAGAAACUAAACAGAAUCAAUGCGUUACGAAAGUAUAAUCAAUUGGAUCUUGAAGACUUUAGAUUAGCUUACAUUGCGGUAGUACUUGCUUUCGCAUGGGCAAUCCUCGUUUUUGGUAUCGAAGUAACGUUCAGAAAAUUAGAAACGCGUUUAAAUAGACGGUCAAAAGAACGGGAGUUGAGGAAAUUAACGAUUAGACGGCAAAUCAUGUCUACUGCUAAUAGAAUUAAUAGUCUCAUUCAAUAA